AUGCAAGUAGUACAAGUUGCUCAGUAUGAAAACAAUGAACCAAAUGAAGACGUUCUCAAAGUAAAUCAUGGAAUUAAUGGCAAUGAAAGAGCCAAAAAAGAAAAGAAACGAAAGUUUUGGGUUAAAGAAGCUACAUUUGAUAAGCAUAAUGAAGCAGAAGCGUCAAUCGAAAAUAAACGUUCAAAACACAAAACAAAUUUGGCAUAA